CCUAUUUUUCUACGCGCAGCCAUGCGCAGCUUUUAUCUUUUCUUUUCUAGUUGGCUGUCGGCGAGUCGGCGUCACAUCUGUCUGUUUUGUAACGUAUUUGGUGUGCAUCAGUCGCCAUUUUACUUGUGAUUUUAAUUUGUUCUCCGUUUAUUCAACAUGGGAGAUAGCUACGGCGGCGGCGGUGGUGGUUACGGUGAUUAUUCUCAACCUCCACCCUCUACAGCUUACCCUGGAUUCGGAGGAUCGAGUGGUUAUCAAGCUAGUAGUGGUGGCUCACAAGGAGGGGCCGGUGGUGGAGGCGGCGGCUCUUGGGGAGGCCAAAGUAGAGGAAAUCAAAGUGGCGGAUACGGUGGAAACCAAGGAGGUUACCAAACCAGUAGUUAUGGCUCUGGAGGAGGUAGUGGUGGAGGAGGAGGAGGCUAUGGAAAUGGCAAUAGUUACGGCGGAGGUGGAGGAGGAGGAUAUGGAGGCGGUGGUGGAGGUGGUUAUGGAGGUGGCCGAGACCGUGGCGAUAGAGAUGUAGGCAGACGAGAUAAUUUUGGAGGCGGCAACAGGGGUGGUGGUUAUAACAAAGGAGGAGACAAUCUAGUAAUACAAGUUGAUACAAUAUUUGUAUCUGGAAUGAAUUCUGAUUUAACCGAAGAUGAUAUUGAACAACACUUUGGCUCCAUUGGUAUAAUAAAGAUUGACAAGAAGACGAAUAAACGUAAAAUUUGGCUCUACAAGGACAAAGCGACGGGUCUGAGCAAAGGAGAAGCGACCGUUACGUAUGACGACCCCAACGCCGCCCAAUCCGCCAUCACUUGGUUUGACGGCAAAGAAUUCCAAGGCUCCACGAUCAAAGUUCAAUUGGCAACCAAAAAGGACACUUGGAGCGGCGGUGGUGGUGGUGGUGGAGGAGGCGGCGGUGGUGGCGGCCGAGGAGGUGGUGGUGGUAGAGGCGGUGGCGGCGAUAGGGGCGAUCGCCGAGGCGGCGGAGGUUUCGGUGGACCCAGAGGCGGUAGAGAUGGCGGAGGCCGAGGUGGUGGCGGUGGCGGCGGUAGAGACAGAGAAGGCCGUGAAGGCGAUUGGAAAUGUCCGAAUCCUGACUGUAACAACACCAACUUCUCAUGGCGAAAUCAAUGCAAUAGGUGUAGCGAACCCAAGCCCGAAGGCGCCGGUGGUGGCGGUGGAGACGAUAGACGAAGCGGAGGUGGUAGAGAUCGCGAUGGCGGUGACAGAGAUAGACGUGGAGGCGGCGGCGGAGGUUUUAGAGACCGCGGUAGCAGAGGAGGAGGAGGUGGAUUUGGAGGUGGCCGUGGUGGUGGCCGAGGAGGCGGAUUUGGCGGUGGACGAGGUGGCGGCGGCGGAGGAGGAAGAUUUUACGACUAGGAGUUCUGCCUGACUGAACCCCAUAACCUGAUGAGUUUUUUUCGUUUUUGUGGAAAACUAUUAAUUUUAAUGACUUACUUUUAGUAUAAUAUAUAAUAAAAUAUCUUUUAA